UUUUAAACUGAUAUCCAGUUUUUCCUCACAACUUAAAUGAAUAAGCUCCACGAAUACUUUGUGCAGAUCGUGGUUCAAAGUCUUUCGAUUGAUUUACACUCACUAAGAAGCUAGCUGCUAAGAAGCAUUAGUCCAUUCAUGUCAUCUUCCAGUGCACCUCAUUGAAACUAAUUUAGUUCAUUAUUUUACUAGAAGCUCCAGUAGACUUCCACAAAAUCAAUUACAUCGAAGGUUCUCUGAAAUUUUGGUAAGAUGGCUGUGCUGCCAAUAAAAUUUACCAAAACCAAGAGAGACAAACUGGCCCAGGUUUUGUGGGUACUAAACUGGAUAUCCGUCGUCACGGGUAUCAUCCUCUUUAGCUUGGGCAUCUUUCUAAAAAUUGAAAUUAACAAGCGGCAGGAUUUAAUGGCUGAGAGUCGGCUCCAAUCCGUGCCAAACAUGUUGAUCGCCGUGGGACUCAUAGCCUGCGUGAUUAACUUUUUGGGAGGAAAGAUCUGCUAUGACUGUGUGGACACCAACAAGUUUUUACGCUGGAAGUUGGUGAUGCUCCCAUACAUCAUUUGCACGUUUUUCUUCACUCUGAGUGUGCUGGUGGGAGCCUUGAUGUGCUACAGCAUGCACGGACAGCUGGAGGAAGCGCUAACACUGGGGCUACGGGAUGCUAUUCGUUACUAUAAGGACACGGACACGCCAGGCCGCUGCUUCUUGAAGCAUACAGUGGACCAGCUGCAGAUCCAGUUUCAAUGCUGUGGGAAUGAGGGCUACAGAGACUGGUUCCAGAUCCAGUGGGUCAGCAACCGAUAUUUGGACAUGUCACAACGGGAAGUGGUAGAUCGUCUACGAAGCAACGUUGAGGGAAAAUACCUAAUGGACGGAGUUCCUUUCAGCUGCUGCAAUGUCAACUCUCCUCGGCCGUGCAUUCAGUACCAAAUCACCAAUAACUCCGCCCACUUUAAUUACGACUACCAGACAGAGGAGCUCAAUCUGUGGAUGCGAGGAUGUCGUCAGGCUCUGCUAGAUUAUUACACCAACAUCAUGCAUUCAGUCGGCCUCACGGUUCUGAUCAUCUGGCUCUUUGAGCUCUCCGUGUUAACGGGGGUCCGCUACCUCCAAACGUCUCUGGAGAACGUGCUACGGCAGGGGGAACCCGAGUGCGAGUCAGACGGGUGGCUCCUGGAGAACAGCUUCGUGGAGACGGCUCGCUCUAAUUUCAACAUCAUCAAACACCUGGGCAAGUUCAAUCAGAUCAACAUAUCAAGCAGUGAAGAUCCAAACAUAGACAAACCACCUACGGCACACUACGGUCCAGACAACGUGCCUCCAAAGCCUCUUCCAACGACCAGUUAGGUCUUCAGAAACGUUACACAAGCCACGGAGGACUGGACUCUGAUGCUGUAUAACUAAAAAAUGGUGAAAAUGGUU